GAAUGACUCAUAAAGAAGCAAUGAAUCUUUGAAAUUAAGAGUCGUUAUUAUUAGUACACAUUCACAAGCAGUGUAUUGAUGAUGAUGAUGAUGAUGGAAGAUCGAAGGCAUGGAGAAGGAGAAAUGGAGCACUGUUCUAAGAAACCAUUCUUCUCAUCUUUUUCCCCAUUUUUGUCUUUGUUGGUUUUACUUCCUUCUCUUGUUCUUGUUUUUUUAGUAUGUAAACUUGAUUUGGAGAUUCCUUGGAGGAUUGGCUUUGAUAAAGAUUUAUCAAGUUUACAAAACUCACAACUUAAUUCUUUUUCAAAUAACAUCUCUUCUCCAAAGUUGGUUGAAACAGCUGAUUUGGACCUCAAGGGACUUUCUUUUCCCCCUUCAAUUGAAGAACCACAAAAAACAGUAGCUAAAGACAAAGAAGCAAAUGGAAAAAGUGCAAUUCCAGGGAUCAGCAAAACUAAGGGAUAUAGUAAGUUGAAGAAACUAGAGGAGAAACUGGGAAGAGCAAGAGCAGCCAUUAGAAAAGCUUCUCAACUUCAUAAUCUUACAUCUAUACAUCAUGAUCCUGACUAUGUUCCUACUGGCCCAAUAUAUAGGAACCCAAAUGCUUUCCACAGGAGCUAUCUAGAAAUGGAAAGGCUUUUGAAGAUAUAUGUAUACAAAGAAGGAGAGCCUCCAAUGUUCCAUGGAGGUCCAUGUAAAAGCAUAUAUUCCACAGAAGGAAGGUUUAUUCAUGAAAUGGAAAAGGGAAAUUUGUAUACAACCAAUGACCCAGAUCAAGCUCUUCUUUAUUUCCUCCCAUUCAGUGUUGUCAAUUUGGUUCAAUACCUCUAUGUACCAAACUCUCAUGAAGUUAAUGCCAUUGGAAGGGCAAUCACUGACUACAUCAACGUCAUCUCUAAAAAACAUCCUUUCUGGGAUCGCAGCCUUGGUGCUGAUCAUUUUAUGCUUUCUUGUCAUGAUUGGGGGCCACGUACAACUUCGUACGUUCCGCUUUUGUUCAAUAACUCCAUUAGAGUAUUGUGUAACGCGAAUGUUUCCGAAGGUUUUCUUCCUUCUAAAGACGCAUCAUUUCCUGAAAUCCAUCUCAGAACAGGAGAAAUCGAUGGGCUUAUUGGAGGUCUCUCGCCUUCUCGUCGAUCUGUUCUUGCAUUCUUUGCAGGUCGGCUUCAUGGUCAUAUCAGGUACCUACUCCUGCAGGAAUGGAAGGAAAAAGAUGAGGACGUGCUUGUUUACGAGGAGCUUCCAAGUGGAAUAUCGUACAAUUCAAUGUUGAAGAAGAGUAGGUUUUGUUUAUGCCCUAGUGGGUAUGAGGUAGCCAGUCCAAGGGUUGUGGAAGCCAUUUAUGCUGAAUGUGUUCCUGUGUUGAUAUCAGAAAGUUAUGUUCCUCCUUUCAGUGAUGUUUUGAAUUGGAAAUCAUUUUCUGUGCAAAUACAAGUGAAGGAUAUACCAAACAUAAAAAAGAUACUAAAAGGGAUAUCUCAAACUCAAUACUUGAGAAUGCAAAGGAGAGUGAAGCAAGUACAAAGACAUUUUGUACUCAAUGGAACUCCCAAGAGAUUUGAUGCUUUUCAUAUGAUUCUUCAUUCUAUCUGGCUCAGAAGGUUGAAUAUACACAUUCAAGAUUGAAGUCAUCUUCACAUAGUUUUGUAUGAUCCUUUCUCAACAUAUUUUUUUUGUAGAUUUCAAAAAACAUAGAAAAUAUCAAAUUGGGUAUUUUGCUAGGUAGAGUAAGGGCUGUCCACUAUUUCAUAUUCUUUAUGAUUGACAUCUUGAUUUUCAUUUGAAUUCAUUCUUCUGAAACCCCAAAAAUAUUUAACUAGAAAACCAUUGAAGAAAAGCAAAUAGCUCACUAUUUCAAAUUACAACCAUCGUUCCAAUAAGAAAUAACUGAAUAUUAUAUAUAACCCAUCAGAAAUGGAUAGUAGUACAUACAAAAUCAUAACUAAUACAUUCAAAUACAUGUGUUCUUGUCCAAAAAUGAAUGGGGCAAUGGUAGAACAAAACCUUAAAAGAAAGGAGAGAAAAAAAAGGGGGAAAUCAAGAAUCCCUUCAAUCUAGUCUUGUAUUAAUAAUGAAGACAACAGUAUAACCUGAUACUAAGAAAUGUUGUAUAUACACAAACCUCUCUCCACUUUUUAAGUUUCUAGAAGAAUAUGAACUUGAGGAGAUCACUAAAUGAAUCAUGAAGUGGAGCUUAAUAUCACCCAAUGUCGUAGUAGAGACAAUAUGAAUCAUCAAGUAAGAUCUGAUGCCAUGCUAGAAGUAUCUGGAGCCAGAAGAAGACUGCGGAGGUGCUGGUGGCAAUCGGUUUGGAGUACGACGGCUGCUAGAGUUUGAACCUGAGUUUAUGUCACCGUUUUGUGUGGCAUCACUGUGGCCAUUGGAAGAAGAUCUUCUGUAGUCAGCCCGACCAUUAGCAGCAGCAUCAAAUGCAGAUCUCCAUUCAUCUCCAGGUGAUCCGCUAGUUUUGGGACUACUUUCUG